AGCUGAUCGAGCACCAAUCCAGAUCAAUUUCCAGGACGCUGUCCAUAGAAAUUUCGUUCAUCGAAUUCGGAUUCCACCAUUUUAAAGACUCGUAUUAAAUUGUAUAAUAUUGAAUUGUAUCAAAUAGUGUCAUAUCACAUUUGAAUAAAUCGCUUGUUGAAGAGAAAAUGUGGAAAUAUUCGGAAUCCCGCCUUCUAUGUAAUAAAUUCGAUUUCGAAGUGCCGCUGGAGGAUUUAUAUCCAGCUAAUUAUUUACAUCCUAAAAUCAGGAUCUUGUACAACUCGGCACUCAAACGAUUCCAGAAAGACAAUAUCACUUCUGAAUUAUUAUUAUCUAGUCAAAACGAGGGCCCCAAUAAUAAAAUCUCUCUGAAGGACAAUUUGUUGAAUACCAAACACCCAAAACUGGAUGGAACAGCACAGUCUUUUAUUUGGCUUAUUGAACAUUUUCUUGGACUGCUUCCACUACCACUUUUGGCACCUUACAUGAAUGGAUACUACUUCAACUGGUUCUAUUUAUCACAGAAAUGCACAGGUAUUUUCAAUGAUAAAAAUUACAAGAGAAAAACGAAGAAUUUCAAUUACUGCGAUAUUCAAAUACAUACAGAAAUUUCGAGGUUACCUGCCCAACAUAAACUUUUAUUAAACGAACAUAUCGAAUUCAUAAGGAACAUAUCAUUCAUCAAUGAAAGAAAAAAGAUGAAGAAUGUUAUCUACUACAGCAAGUAUUUCACAGCUUGUCUUUUACUGAGACCUUUUCGCUCAGGUUUAAAUGAAAAUUCAGAAAAGGAUUACUAUUUUCUUAUAAUAUAUCUAGUAUUAAGAUGGCCUUAUAUAAGUAAAAUAAUGGUAGAAACAACACUUAUAAACGAAAAGCUUGAGUUAGACCAAUUAUCUCUAGUAUCAGGACAGUCUUUCGCAUCUAAUAAAUCGGUAAACAAUGUUGAGGAAAAGAUAAAUAUGGACAGAAUUUCAAAUUCGUCUGACAGGAAGUAUUUGAGUAACUUAAAGAAUUUUAGAACUUCUUCAGAAAUGAGCAUUGCUCAUAAUGCAGUUCAAAGAAUAUCUAAAGAAUUAUCUGCAAUCACUGUGUUUAAUGAAGUUGAAGAACGUUCAAUUGAAGAACCUAUAGAUGACAUUGAAACUAUAAAACCUAAAAAAGAUUAUACUGUUUCCAAAGAAACUGCCACUGAAAUUGAACAGAGUAAAGAAUGCCAUUUGGAAGUGAACCAAAAGGAACAGAACACCACUAAUAUGAUAGGAGAUACCGGCACAAACAUUUCAGAACAAAAAGAGAAGGAAACAAACCAGAUAGAGAAACAUGUUUUGUCAUCAGUUGAAAUUCAGAACAAUAAAGAAAAAUUCAAUAAAAGCCAAAAUGAGGAAGAACCUCAAAAUACUAAUAAAAAAACAAAAGUUUUAGAGUCACAUUCUACACCAGAAGUUACCAGUAAAAGCCCAGAGAAUAUCAACAUAGAUACCAAUAUCUUGAAGAGAAUUUCUAAAGUUGGUUGGACUUACACUCCACCAAAAGGCAAGGAAAGGCAAGAGACUCAGAACAACAAUGCAGAAAAUGUUGCAGAUGACGAAAUCACAAAUCAAGAACUGAUAGAAAAUUCUCAAAGUGAAUCAAGUUUGAGGAAGUAUCCUAGUGUGAAAAGCUUUAAAUCCAGAUUAUCCUUCCUGAAGAUUAAAAAGAAAAAAAGUGGAAACAGGACAUCAAGUACGAAUUUUAAGUACACUAAAAUAUGUUCUUGAAUUGUAAGUUGUAACUUGUUUACAAAAUAAAAUAAAUUGUAUGAA